CAAUGGCCGAGAUAGCCCCGGCGAACUUCGUAGACCAAUCAGUGGUUCCAGGAGAUGUGGUGCUUGACCUAACAAACAUGGCGAACCAGACCAUCAAACUCGGCGGUGGUCUCCGGCAGGAUUGCGAUGCAAUAGCGGCGAUGAAGGCCGGAACAUUGAGGUUUUCAAAGCCCAACAAGUACUGGGUCGAAACGUCUCAGAAACGGUAUGUGCCUUGUGUGGAGGAUUCUGUGCUUGGAAUCAUGGUGGACUCAAAAGCAGAUAAUUUUCUGGUGGACAUUAAAGGGCCUUCGUUGGCGUUUUUGCCUGUGCUUGCUUUCGAAGGAGGAACCAGGAGAAACAUACCCAAGUUUGAGGUUGGUACAUUGCUUUAUGUUCGGGUCGUGAAAGCAAACCCUGGCAUGAACCCUGAGUUGUCAUGCAUGGAUGCCGGUGGAAAAGCAGCAGAGUAUGGUCCCCUUAAAGAUGGCUACAUGUUUGAAUGCUCAACUGGCCUUUCAAGAAUGCUGCUGAGUUCACCAACACGUCCAGUUCUUGCGGCACUUGGGAAGAACAUCUCCUUUGAAAUAGCAAUCGGUGUAAAUGGCCGUGUUUGGGUGAACGCUACUGAAGCAGAUAAGGUGAUCAUUGUUGCCAAUGCAAUUAUGAACUCGGAGCACCUUAGUGGGGUACAGCAGAUUGCUAUGGUGGAUAAACUUCUGAAGAAGAUCAAUGACUUAGCAACAUGACAAUUCCAGAAGUGCAAGCUUUGAAGCAAUCAAACUCGCCCAUUUUGUUUCGUACAAGAGAUUUUGUCUUGAAGAAGUUAAGUAGACACCAGAAUCAGGAAGACCGCCAUGCUGUUCUAAUAUGAUCUUGUAUAUGAGCCUUCCAAGUCCCGUCAACCCUUAAUAUGAUCUUGUUUUAGUGUUGUUAUUUAGGGAUUUAGAACUUAGAAAGACAUUGUUAUUAAUGUUAUAUAAGCGUGAGAUUUCAUCAUGUAGAUCGAUAUGUACCUCUUGUAUUUUGUUUUUCAAAUGAAACUUGAACUAAUCCCAGCAUU